ACGGAUUGGAUAAGAAACGAACAAUUUUCCGCCAAAUUUAUAGCGGCAAACGACUGUUACAAUUUCUAACCAUAAAAGAUAUUAAUAACAAAUAAUAUGGAAGGUUUUGAUAAUCCAGGUAUAUUUUUUUCUGAUAAUUUUUCUGUUAACGAUGCAUCAGAGAUUCAAGGUAAUUUACAAGCAUCUAAAAAGAAAUUCAAAGAAUUUAUUAGACAAUUUCACGAAGGCAAUUUUAAUUACAAAUACCGAGAUACUCUCAAAAGAAAUUACAAUCUUGGUCAAUACUACCUUGAAAUCAAUUUAGAAGAUUUGGCAGCUUUUGAUGAGUCACUUGCUGAGAAAGUUCAGAAACUUCCAACGGAAUAUCUUUCAAUCUUGGAAGAAGCUGCGCAAGAUGUUGCUGAUGAGGUUACAGCUCCUCGUCCUGAGGGUGAAGAAAAAGUUGAAGAUAUACAAAUACUGUUAUCAUCAGAUGCGCAUCCAAGUUCUUUGAGAGGCAUGAAGCCAGACAUUGUAUCAAAACUUAUUAAAAUUCCUGGCAUUAUUAUUUCUGCUUCUGGUAUCAGAUCUAAGGCAACCAAAAUUGCAAUACAAUGUCGUUCAUGUAGAGUCGUGCAAACUAACAUUUCCAUUAAACCAGGAUUAGAGGGCUACGCUUUACCAAGAAAAUGUAAUACAGAACAAGCUGGUAGACCAAAAUGUCCGUUGGAUCCAUUUUUUAUAAUGCCAGAUAAAUGUAAAUGUGUUGACUUUCAAGUUUUGAAAUUACAAGAAUUACCAGAACACAUUCCGCAGGGUGAAAUGCCAAGACAUUUGCAAUUAUAUUGUGAUCGUUAUUUAUGUGAUAGAGUUGUACCUGGAAAUAGAGUUCUUAUUCUUGGUAUAUACUCCAUUAAAAAAGUAGCUAAAACAGGCGAUAAAGGAAACAGGAAAGACAAAGCUUUGGUUGGUGUACGAGCACCUUAUAUACGAGUUGUGGGUAUUGUUGUUGAUGGAGAAAACACAGGAAGUGGUUUGCAAUCAUGCAUUACAUCGGAUGACGAAGAUUUGUUCAGACGAUUAGCAGCCGAUUCAAAUUUAUACGAAAGAAUAGCAAAAAGUAUUGCGCCAAGUAUUUUUGGUGCAAUGGAUAUUAAGAAAGCAAUCACGUGUUUAUUAUUUGGUGGUUCUAGAAAAAAAAUGCCUGAUGGUUUAUGUCGUAGAGGAGAUAUCAAUGUAUUAAUGCUUGGUGAUCCAGGUACUGCUAAAUCACAAUUAUUAAAAUUUGCAGAAACAGUUGCACCAAUUGGUGUGUAUACAUCUGGUAAAGGAAGCUCUGCUGCUGGUCUUACUGCUUCUGUAACGCGAGAUUCUAUUACAAGAAAUUUUGUAAUGGAAGGUGGUGCAAUGGUAUUGGCAGAUGGUGGUGUUGUAUGCAUAGACGAAUUUGACAAAAUGAAAGAAGAUGAUCGUGUUGCUAUACAUGAAGCGAUGGAACAACAAACUAUAUCAAUUGCAAAAGCAGGCAUAACAACAACUUUAAAUACAAGAUGUUCCGUGCUAGCAGCUGCUAAUUCUAUUUUUGGUCGAUGGGAUGAUAUCAAAGGCGAAGAAAAUAUAGACUUUAUGCCAACUAUUCUUUCUCGUUUUGAUAUGAUUUUCAUUGUUAAAGAUGAACACGAAGAAAACAGAGAUAUUACAUUGGCAAAACACGUUAUGAGUAUACAUAGUAAUGCUGGUCAAUUAACUGAACAAUUAAUCGAAGGAGAACUUCCGUUAAAUGUACUCAAGAGAUACAUAAAUUAUUGCAGAUUGAAAUGUGGUCCAAGACUGAAUAAAGAAGCAGGUGAAAAACUGAAAAACCAUUAUGUGAGAAUGCGUGCUAAUACAGGAGAACAUGAAAAAGGAAGUGAAAAGCGAUUAUCUAUACCAAUAACUGUUCGUCAAUUAGAAGCCAUUAUAAGAAUUUCAGAAGCUUUAGCAAAAAUGCAACUUCAACCUUUUGCUACCGAAAUUCAUGUUAAUGAAGCACUCAGACUAUUUCAAGUAUCUACAUUAGAUGCAGCUAUGUCUGGUUCAUUAGCUGGCGCAGAAGGAUUUACUUCGGAAGAAGAUCAUGAGAUAUUGUCUCGCCUUGAAAAACAAUUAAAAAAUCGAUUUCCUAUUGGAAAUCAAGUUUCCGAACAAAACAUCGUUAAUGACUUUCUUAAACAAAAAUAUCCAGAACGUGCCAUUUACAAAGUUAUACACACGAUGAUACGUCGUGGCGAGCUUCAGCAUCGAAUGCAACGAAAAAUGUUGUAUAGGUUAUAUUAAAAUAUAAGAAAAAGCUUUUCU